AUGAACGGCUACGACGCAGACUCGUUUCAUCGCCCAGCGGCGCCGCAUCCUUCCCAAGAUCGCACGCAGCUGUGGGGCCCAACCACCGCAACCACGAGCCGGCCACCAGCAUAUGCACCGGCAUACGCACCCAGUCCAGCAUUAGUGCCAGCACCUGUCGACUUCAACCAUCCAAAUCAAAGACCAUCGACUCAGGCACUCAACACUCAUCAACCGCAAGCAAGUGCACAUCGACCAGAAGUCCAAGUCGGUGAUUUCGGCGAGGAUCCUGUGAGUGACGAUCUCUUAGACCUCGUUUUCGGCUGGACGCUGAGAUUUGAUCUUACUGCGCUCUUCGGAUUGGAUUCCGUCCCCACAGCAACUCGAGGCCAUACGAAGAGAGUCCGUACAGAUCGAAAAGGAACGACAGGCUCGCUUUCGGGAGAAUGAGCAGACGUUGCUGCGCACACUUGCCGAAUCACAACGAGUGGACGAGCGACGGUCUGCCGAAGAAGCUCGGGCGGAUCAGCUGCUGCGGCAAGCGCUAGAGGAAAGUCAAAGAGGCAAAACCCGUGAAGCGGAGGAAGAGGAGCUUCAGAUGGUGUUGGCCAUGAGCCUGAGUGAACACGAGUUCGCGACCACGAGUGCACAACGUUUCGCCCAGCUCAGUCACACCUCCAACUCCAUCUCGCCCGACGAUUCGGCGCAGGCUUCAAACGACACUCCACAUUCGCUCUUCCAGAACGUCAUCGUUGAUGCAUCAAACAUUAAUGGCCAACAGCCGGCUGCCCAACGGAAUCCGCCCCUUCGUCGGGCCUCUCUGUACGAUUCGUUCACCAACCCCGAUGAGCUUGUCAGCCCACCAGCGUAUGCGCAGAGAUCUCCGAUGCUGUCCUCAGCGUUGAAGGAAGUUAAUGGGAUUUCGCCGAACCAGCCUUCGCACCCCAUUGAUCAACGGGCUUCCGACGAUACUGUGGAAUCCACGGAUGGGGCCUAUUUACCAGCACCACAGCGAGCGCCCUCCUCGGUCCCCCCGUCACAAGCGCCGGCCUCGGCAUUCUAUUCUGGAGCAGUCGCUGGAGCAAUGAUCCCGAAUACCCCACCUAUCGACAGAGCACAUACCCCCACGCACAAUGCCUUGCUCCCGUAUCCUGCACUCUCGCUCAGGCGGUCGUCCCACGCCUCGAUCUCGGAGCUGCUCGAUGGCCACAACUCGGUGCGGUUGAGCGUGCUCUCGACCACCAGCGUAGCAGGGUCUUGGGCAAGCGAGGCCAGUGACGAUACCCUUGACGACACUCGAGCGACGAGCCAAUCCUUGUCUUGCCUUUCGGAAAUGCAUGAAUUCCCUAUGGAGCCUGGGCCGAGCCAACAGCUUCCACAUUCUCCAGCGACGGAAACGGGCGACGACGACAUCGAUCCUUUCGACGAUCGCUUUGCAAGUGUCGACGGGGACGAUUUGGAUGCGAACCUACCGAUGACUGCCAGCGAAACCGAUUCAGACUUAUCCUUCGCCUCGAGCUUUGUGGUUCAAGAUCGGGAUAUGUUUGACAUCGCUCGGCGUCUGUCCAAGGAAAGUAUGUCGAGGCCCUCCCUGUCCAUCGUGGCACCCGUUCCCUCCGCUCCUGAAUCGGCCGUUCCUGAACCGGGGACAUCUUCGUCGCAUGCUCCAGAUGAUCGAGAUGAAGCUCUAGCAAAGACACCGACACAUCUAGACGUAAUGGAUACGCCCUCGCCCCCGCCCCAGACAUCUGUUCGACCACCAUUGUCCCGAGAUGGCUUCCCGAACGAUUCUGGCGCUUCGGUGCUGCCCACCAGUCCCGAUGCAAGUUAUUCGGCAUCAAGCUCGACCGACGUAUUAGACGCAUACCGAACGAACCCUUCUUCCGGUGGUCUAGUCAUCGAUGCCACAGCGGGUGGUGUGGCGCUCGCAACGGAGGACAUCGUCGAAGGAGUGCGGUGGGGGUUCGUGCCCGUGGACAAGCUUGCACAACAUCCGCCACUCAAGCAUGACGGCCCGUUCCAGAAAGCCGCACAACUCUCGACGUAUACUGAUGAAGGCGCCCAUCAACGACCUUAUGAAUGUUUCGCCAUCGAGGCGUCCAGUUGGCACCGUCUGCUGUGCUAUCUCAUGUGGUAAGCUGAAGCCUUGACUGCCCUGCCGAAUCGGCCUUAACAAAAUGAUCCUUAUCUUGUGCCACAGGUUUGGUCUUUCGCAAUUCGAAGCAGCGCCAUACGACCAUGCGGCUCUGACAAAAGAUCAUCGUCACUUUGAAGUCAGCGUUCUGGUGCAGUUCUUCCGCUCCUUUGAGGACCGAAGUCCUCGUGUGCGGUGCCUUGUACAAAUCCUCCCUCUUGCCAGGGCUAGCGCGAUCGACACUGCACCAACACGUAGGAGUCAAAGCAGAUUCGACGUCUCUUGUCCCAACAUCUCCAUCCCUAUCGACGCUGAUCCCGAUCGGCCGCUUCACCUGCCGCUCACAUUGGCGACACUGGGAUCUGCGCUCUCCAAAGCCCACACUAUCUCGUCUCGGUUAGGUCGCUCGACUUUUGGAGCUCCGACCUCCCGUGGUGGGACAGUGAUGGAGAAGACGCUUGCGUCCGCCGUCAUCUUUUGCAAGCAAUUGAACGGGGACUUUGCGACGGCUUCACCCGAGGCGGAUGACUUUGAAAGGAGCACCUUGGAGCGGCUCAAACUUCGCCUGAAACGGGCCAGGGGCAAGAGGGUUGGCGUGCAAGGUCGCAUGGAAGGGGGCCGUGACGACGUGCCGGAAGAAGCGAGUUUAAUCACACCAUUCAUCCUGGAGGAGACAGAAGAUGGGUGUUGA